GUAUUAACAUUUGAACAGUACAAAGUACUCCAAAACUAUUUUACGUUAGAAACGUAAUGUUACAAAACUACCCUUCCAUACCUAUUUAUAGUCGUGCACGAAAACUAUAGUUGGCGCUAUAUUCAUUGAUUUUCUACAAUGUUCAAUGCAUCUUACUCUGAUGUUCUUCUAAGUUAUUUUAUUAAUAUCUUUGAUUUAUUGUCGACAAAUGUUUCUUCGUGCCGCCAGCUGGCAGCAGUUUCUCUGUACACGUACAACCAUAGUGUAAGUUAAGAGACACGUACGUACGAUUUCUCGCAAGUCUCACAACCUAUCAGCUGACGGCGCAGCGUCAGUAACUGAUUGACUCUGCUGGUUGCAUUCCACAGAAAAUCUAAUGAAGCAUCAUGUGGUGUCGUAACGUCUUGAGGACGCGCACUGUCUGCAAUAAGCCGGCUGUACUCGCCUACUUCCAAUGUUUGACGAAUGACAAUCUCAACGGUGUCACGUUGAGGCAUCCAGCGCGACGUUUACUCGUUUCGGGUACGCGUGAAUGUACGAUCGGCGAUGUCAUCGAUCAGUGGAGUCGCCGAUUUGAGAGCGAAGGCAUACCGGAGCCGGUGGAAUCGAUAGAGCAUAUAGUGGCGCAUGUCAUAGGCACCAAGAAGAUAAUAGAUAUCUUGAGUGUCAGAAAUGACCCUCUCAAUGCGGGUCAAAUUGAAAAACUGGAGGCGUUGUGCGAAUGUCGAUUGUCUAGGAUGCCAGUUCAGUACAUUAUCGGCGAAUGGGACUUCCGAGACAUUACCGUGAAGCUUGUGCCGCCGAUUUUUAUUCCUCGCCCAGAGACCGAAAUACUGGUGGAUUUCGUGUUGAAACGACUGAGCUCGUCGCAGACCGACAAUUGCGAGGUCCUAGAAAUCGGUUGCGGCUCGGGCGCGAUAUCGCUGGCUCUCGCUCACGCUUGUAAAAGGAUAAAGUGCACAGCGAUCGAUGCGAGCCCGCACGCUUGCGAUUUGACGAUGAUAAAUCGGAGCAAACUGAACUUAACAGAGCAAAUCGCAGUAUUACAUGCGACCCUAAAGUCGGAUGGUAGUAUCGAAGUUUCGAGUAGCUUGAAUGGCGUCGGUGAUGUCGAUUUGAAUUCCAAAUUAUUCGAUUUUGUGAUCAGUAAUCCGCCAUACGUGCCAACAAAGAAGAUACCGGAGCUACAGCCUGAGAUAAGAAUUUACGAGGAUAUCAGGGCGUUGGAUGGCGGUGACGAUGGGCUGAAAGUGAUCAAGCCGCUCUUAAAAUACGCUGCCAAAGCGUUGAAACCCGGCGGGCAUCUCUUUGUGGAAGUUGACCCUACGCAUCCGGAGUAUAUACAAUUUUUUACAAAUAAAUAUCCAGAUUUUAAGCUCCACUAUGCACACACAUACAAAGAUUUUUGUAAUAACGAUCGUUUCGUGGAAGUAGUGAAAGUCAGUUGAAUAAGCGAUUCUUGAUUCUAUCAUUCGCUACACUUGUGUAUAUACGUUGUAUAUCUAUUUUAUACUGUUAUUUUAUAAAAUAGUCUUGAAAUAAAAACGAUACACACAUAUCAGGU